CUAGAAUGACCAAAUUAAGCCAAAUGGCGCCACCUCGUCGCAUGGUUGCAAAUUUAUUUCGCGCGGCUCCCAAAAGGAGUGAAUUGAAUUAUCCAUUUCCUGAUAUCCAAUCUAACCGAAAACUCCCCUGUUUCUCAUUUCUUCCCCAACUUUCUUUUUCUAUUAAUUACAAUUCUUAAAAUUUAUACAAAUUAGAGGAACAAUUCUGUUUCAUUGUGUAUUCUGAUGAAGCUGUUGGUUACUGCAGAUUCAACAACCUUGAGUUACUGGUUGAAUUGGAGGGUCUUGCUAUGUUCAGUUAUUGUUUUGACACCAAUUAUUAUAGCAUUGUUUAUAAUAUGGAAAUAUGAAGGUUUGAAACAAGUGAAAUGUGAGGGAAGGGAGAACCAGGAAGGUAUAGGUUGUGAUGAGUUAUACAAUGAUGAUGUAUGGAGGCCAUGUCUUUCAGAAAUCCAUCCUUCUUGGCUGUUGGUUUAUCGAUUUGUUGCAUUCUGUCUUGCCUUGGCAACAAUUAUAUCCAAAGUUGUUACUAAUGGAGGUGGCAUUUUUUACUAUUAUACACAGUGGACUUUUACUUUGGUUACCAUUUAUUUUGGGUUUGGAACAUUACUCUCCCUUCAAGGGUGCUACCAGCAUCAAAAGAUAAGCAGCUGUGGUUGUAGUAAUGUACAGCAUUUUAGGAUAGAUGCAGAGCAGGGAUACUACAUGCCUUUAAAUAACAGAAAAGACACAAAUGUACAGAGAAAAGCCUUAAUUCCCCAGGAAAAAUGCAAUGUUUCACAAGCUGCAGGCUUUUUUAGUUAUCUCUUCCAAGUUAUAUUCCAGAUGAAUGCUGGAGCAGUUAUGCUUACUGACUUCAUUUAUUGGUCCAUUAUUUUUCCUUUCCUUACCAUCAGAGACUAUAAUUUCAAUUUUAUGACUGUGAAUAUGCAUACACUCAAUGUCAUCCUACUUCUGGGCGAUGCAGCCCUGAAUUGCUUGCAAUUCCCUUGGUUUCGGAUUUCUUACUUUAUCAUAUGGACGGGUGCUUUCGUCAUUUUUCAAUGGAUCAUUCAUGCUUGUGUCUCAAUUUGGUGGCCAUAUCCAUUUCUUGAUUUAUCAUCACCUUAUGCUCCAUUAUGGUACUGUCUUCUGGCAUUCAUGCACCUACCAUGCUAUGGCAUGUUUGUAUUGAUUGUAAAUACCAAGCAUUACCUGUUGUCAAAAUGGUUCCCUCAGUCUUACCGGUGUUUAAGAUAAAGAAUGUCGGUUUUGUAUUUUGUCAAAAAGUUGGAUAGGGAAAUUUUGGGGCUUCAUGGAAGUUGUUUUACAGAUUCAACCAAUUGUAAGCAGAUGUAUUAUACUCACAUUAUUGCCUUGUGUUGGUUGCUAGAAGA